GGUAAGGACACAACGCUCCCCACUCAUCGCUCGCUCGCUCCCUCCCUUCCCCGGCAUCUUCACUCAGACAUUUCAGCUCUGCCUCUUCCCCCGGUGUCUCUCUGUUGUCCUCGCUGAAGAUCACACACACACAGAGAGAGAGCGAGAGAGAAUAGCGCUGUACGUGGCUCCCGUGCGCUCCUGCCAAAUAACCCGUGGAGCAUCUGUUGGAAAGGUUUCAAACCUUCACUCAGGAAUUCCACACGUACUGCGUCUGCGAGAAGAUUUUUCGCACAACAAUCUCGUCCGAGCUCCAGGUUCCAGAAUGUGACGGGAGCAAGGGGGCCAAGAAACGUGCGUGGUGUGCGUCGGUGCGAGUCCGUGCCAGUCCGUGCGAGUCCGUGCGAGUCUGUGCGAGUCCGUGCGAGUCCGUGCGAGUCCGUGCGAGUCCGUGCGAGUCUGUGCGAGUCUGUGCGAGUCUGUGCGAGUCUGUGCGAGUCUGUGCGAGUCUGUGCGAGUCUGCGACUGGGCCCACCUCUCGCCGGUCCGGCACCGAGCGGCGUCCGUUGCACCCCAGCCAUCUUCGUCCAAAGUCCACCCCCACCGUGUCCCCACCAUGGACUGGACGGAGUCCAGCCUCAACUCUUCCUACCUCGUUGGCUCGGCCGAUUCGACGCCGCGGCCCGAGAACAAGAAGAUCUCGGAUGUCCGGCGGACGUUCUGCCUCUUCGUGACCUUUGACUUCCUCUUCGUCGGGCUCCUGUGGCUCACGGAGCUCAACGUUGACGGGGAGCUCAAGGACAAGUUAAUAAACGAAGUUGUGAACUACAGCUACCAGACUUCCCUCUUUGACAUCUUUUGCCUGGGGGCUGUUCGAUGCACCAUGCUGCUUCUGGCCUACGCGCUCUUCCGCCUCAAGCACUGGUGGAUGGUGGCGUUAACGACGUUCGUGUCGUCGGCGUUUCUGAUCGUCAAGGUCAUCAUCUCACAGCUGCUGAAGCAGGGCGCCCUGGGCUACGUGAUUCCCAUUGUGUCGUUCAUCCUCGUGUGGGUCGAGACCUGGUUCGUGGACUUCAAGGUUCUGCCGCAGGAGAUCAAGGAGGAGAACAGGCAACUACAAUCCCAACUGAGUGGUUCAGGCCAAGCACCCCUGAUCUACCCCCGCCCUCUCUCAGAUCCUCACUUCUACUCUCCUCCUUCCUCCUUGGCUGGUUCGGACGACGACUCUGACGAAGACGAAACGAAGAAGAACCUCACCUGGCGGGAGAAGGACUAUGUGCGGCAGGGCAAGAUAUCGAUGGAGGUGAUGAAGCAGACGCUGUCCCGGCAGGACCUCUGGUCGUUCGACAAGAAGAGCGAGUAUGGAGACGUGAUUUACAUCACGGACGUCACUGGCUACGGGCGAACCUACGUCCUCAAGGCCGUGCUGGAUGCCACCCCUGAGGCGGUGUUUGACGAAGUGGUCGUGAACAUCGAGGCGAUGCCGCAGUGGAACAAGGCCAUCACGGAGAGCCAGGUGCUGCAGCGGGUUGAGGAUCACACCUUCGUCACUUACGAGGUGGCUGCCAGCGCCGCGCGGGGCCUCAUCUCUCCCAGGGAUUUUGUGACCGUGCGGAGAGUGGAGAGGCGGCCGGAUCGCUUCAUAUCCUCGGGGAUGUCGACGACUCACGACGCCCGGCCGGUCCACGACGGCAUCGUACGUGGAGAGAACGGGGUCGGCGGUUUUGUCGUCGAUCGCAAUCGGCACAACCACGAGCAGAGCGUCCUGCACUGGAUCCUCAACACCGACCUCAAGGGCAAGCUGCCCGGCUACCUGGUGCAGCAGAGUCUGGCGGGCGUCAUGCUCGACUUCGCCGAAAACCUGCGCAAGAGGCUGCGCGGCAUGCGGCCGGCGGUCUGAGGCCCGCCGCCGGGAUUCAAGGGACACGGCAGUGGGGAGGGGGGGGAGGCGUUCGGUUUAUUCGGCGUUCGGGACGGAGGGGAACCCGGGGACGUGAGGACGGCGACGGCGACUCGCGUCGCGGUCGGGGGGGGCAGACGGGGUGGCGUUGGCGGAAGACCGAGAGAUCGGAACGGGUGGAGGGGGGGGUGUAUUAGGACAGGGUGAUGCAGAGACGAGGUGGGUGGCUGGGAGACACAAGGAGAUUAUGGGGAGACAGACACCGGGGGACGAGGAUCUUGGAACUCUGGGGAUGAGGAUGAAAGGAA